AUGUCUGGGAUCCCCAUUCUUCCUCCCACCGGUGAGCCUGCCGAGUACAACAACAACUACAUUCUUUACUGGAACAACCUCGCCCUGGACUUGAACCGACUGUCUCACUCCCUGGCAGCAAACCCCCAAGUUGGCCCCGCUGCCUCGUCCCGGGUGCUUGGUGUCUUGCACCUUGCCAUCCAUGACGCCUUUUUCGCCAUCCACCCUCCGGCUGACGAGGCCUUCACUCCAUACCUCCCUGAGCUGCCACCCCACGAUGGCUUGACUGAAGCACGCACCGCCGUAGCAGCUGCCGCCAUCACCGUCCUUGAGGCUCUGUACACGACACCCUCGCCAAGCAUCGCCAGGAAAACGACCUUUGCCCUGAGGCAGAUGAUCAGCCAGUCCAUUGAUCGCUUCUCCAACCUGGAUGCCAGACUUCCCGAGUACCAAUUCGGCGCCAGCAUUGCCAGGGCCAUCAUCGCGCUUCUCAUUCCUCCCAGCGACCCCGGCGUCGGCCAGGGUGCUUACCGCCCCAAGGACGGUCCCUACAAGUUCCGCCCCGAGCCCAACCACCCAGUCAGGCUGAUCCCCAUUGACCCCAACAACCCCAAUGGUCCCAAGCAGGCCGUGGCCGAGUCAUAUGCCCCCUUUUAUGGCAACGCCAGACGGUUCGCCGUCCAGACUGACAACCACCUCCUCGCCGACCCCCCGGCUGGUGCCGAACGAGAGGACCCCGUCGAGGACAUCGACUCGCUGCUCUACGCGAUCCGCUCGGGCGCCCUCCCGGACGACAACCGCAACCGCCGCAGCCCGGCGCAGUCGGUCACGGGAUACUUUUGGGCCUACGACGGCACCAACCUGAUCGGCACCCCGCCGCGUCUGUACAACCAGAUGCUGCGCAAGCUCGCCUUUGAUCGCCGCCCGGACCAGUCCGACAUCAGCAGCGACGCCAACACGGCCGACUUUGCCCGGCUGUUCGCCCUCUGCAAUGCCGCCAUGAGCGACGCCGGCGUCUUUGCCUGGCGCGAAAAGUACACCUUUGAGUUCUGGCGGCCCCUGAGCGGCAUCCGCGAGCACCCCUCCGGUCUGGGCGACCCCUUCUUCCAGACCGUCGGCAGCCCCGAGACCAACAACAACGGCAUCAACUUCAAGCCCCCCUUCCCCGCCUACCCGUCCGGCCACGCCACCUUUGGCGGCGCCACCUUCCAGAUGGCCCGUCUGUACUACAAGCAGCGCGACAACCUCGACUUCCCCGACGACGGCGCCGACGACAUCUCCAUCGAGUUCGUGUCGGACGAGCUCAACGGCAUCAACCGGGACCUGCGGGAGGACUACGACGCGUCGCGCCCCAUCACGGAGCAGGUCGGGACGGUGCGCACGCGCGUGCCCGUCAGGUUCGAGUCGCUGUGGUCGUGCAUCCACGACAAUGCGCUCUCGCGCGUCUUUUUGGGCGUGCACUGGCGCUUCGACGCCUUUGCCGCCCAGGACGUCCUGGUGCCCAACCCGAACCAGGAGCCCAGCGAGGGGCCGUACCAGCUCAACCCGGACGGGUCGGACAAGUACAAGCCCGCGGCCGAGGUGAAGUACGAGGCGCGCGCCACCAGGUUCGACAGGGAGGGCUUGUUCCCCAUCGGCGGUGUGCCGCUCGGCCUGGGCAUCGCGGACGAGAUCUUUGCCGCGAACCUCAAGCCUACGCCCGAGGAGGCCCAGCCUGGCGGUGCGGGUGUGAGCCAGACUCAGUGGCUGAAGGACCAAGUUAAGCAAAAGACGCUGGAUGGAGCCAACGGAUCCAAUGGGACCAAGUAA